UGACUUUUCUUACUUCUUUUAUUUCAUACAUUCGUGUAUUUUACACAUAUUACAACAGAAUUGCUACAAAGCAGAGGCGCGCACUCACUACAUACUAAUCUACACAAAACCAACUGUACGAUAUACGAAACGACCGAUUUACAUAUACUAUUGUCUCAUCGCAACCGUAUCAAAUACAAGACAAACACACAUUUCACAACGUUUUGGUUAGCAAGUUAUUUGAGUGAAUAAUAAAAUACGCGCUGCAGUUUCCAUCACAUUUUGUUUAUAGUUUUUAUUUUCAUAUACACAAAUUUGCGAAAAAAUUUUAAGAUAAACCGUGUAACUUAAUCUUCACGACUUAAUUCACAUCCACACAUUCUCACAUAAAACGUGUUACUGGCAAAAAGAAAUGAUCAUGGAAGCUGUACCAUCACCACAAUCGGUUGGUCGAGAGUUCGUCCGUCAAUACUACACCCUGUUAAACAAAGCACCCGACCAUCUUCAUCGUUUUUAUAACAAUAAUUCGAGCUUCGUUCAUGGCGGUCUCGAUCCACACAAUCGUGAGGCAACAAUGGUUAUUGGCCAAAAGCAAAUUUAUAAUAAAAUUCAGCAGCUACGAUUUCGGGAUUGCCACGCCAAAAUCAGUCAGGUUGAUGCUCAAUCGACUCUUGGCGGUGGGGUUGUCGUUCAAGUAACCGGUGAAUUGUCGAACAAUGGAGAACCAAUGCGGCGCUUUACUCAAACCUUUGUGUUGGCAGCUCAAUCGCCCAAAAAGUACUACGUUCAUAAUGACAUUUUUCGCUAUCAAGAUCUCAUAUCAGAUGAUGAAGUCGAGGCCGAAAGCCGAUCGGAAAAUGACGAUGAACAAGACCAGGACACCGCCACUGGUUUGGUCGUUGAAAACCAGCAACAGCAGUCGCAACAACCAAUUUACUAUCCAUUGGGAAACGUUCAAUCUUAUCAACAGCAACCACAACCAGCUGCUCAAUUGAACGGUGUCGUUCAGCACGACGAGAUUCUUCAAACUUUAACACCAUCGAACAACAACAUUGCCGUUAACAAUGUUAACAACAGUACCGGUGCUCAUACACCAUUGCAAAUCCAAUCGCAAUCAUUGUCGGCUCAACAGCAAAUUAUCCCGGUUGAUCAAUUGGCUAAUGUGACUGGUAAUCCAAAUGCCACGGUGAACGAUUUGGAAAAUGUUUCAACACCCGCAUUGCAAAAUGAAAUCGAUCAGCAAAACGAUAUGAGUGCACAGACCACAUCCGAUAUUGAAUCAAAGGAUGAAUUGGCCGGUAUUCAGAGUGAACAAAAUAACAUCAACGAUAAUCAUACCAAUGCUGAUGAAGUGUCAAAAUCAAUCCAGAAUGAGCCAAAGACAUACGCCCAGUUCUUCAAAUCGGACAACUUCAGCAGUGGCAUCAACUUUGUAUCAUCAGCAUCGGCAAAUUCGGGACGAACACAAAACACAGCAAACACCUUGAACUCACGGUCACAAUCUGCACGAACUGGCCCAAUUAGAGAGCGAAGAUCGAGCAAUGCAAAUCAAUUCAGUGACAACCACCAGCUAUUCUUAGGAAAUGUACCUCAUCAUGCAACAGAAGAUGAGUUAAAAGUCAUGUUCGGACGUUUUGGAACGGUUGUCGAUUUAAGAAUUCAUUCGAAACCAGGACCAAAAAUACCCGGCGUACGUGCUCCACAAAAUUACGGUUUCAUUACCUAUGAGGAUCCAAAAUCCGUUCAAAAUUGCUUAUCGAACAUGCCUCUGUUCUAUCCUGAAAAUUCUCCUGAUGGCCAAAAAUUGAAUGUUGAAGAGAAGAAAGCUCGCAUGCGUAAUGAAAAUUCAAACAACGUUGAUCGUAAUGACCGUGACCGAAAUGACCGUGGUCUCGGCCGAACCAUUUCGGGUGGUCAAAGAAACAGUGGCGAUCGCGAUCGAGGUAUUGGUGGCUUAAAUCGCACAUCAAAUGCACGACCGGGAGGUGGAAAUCGUCCAUUCAAUCGUAAUGACAGACAACAAGGCCCACGAGGAAAUAACAACCCAUCAAAUUCGGCAUCAGCUGGUAAUGGUGGCUACGAACGUCGCUAGAACGCUCCAAGGAAAUAAUGCAUGCGAAGAUUUUGUACAUAAUGAUACACACACACACACACACACACACACACUUACAACAAAUGUUUUUUUUUGUUCUUUUUGUAAAACACAUUCUGUGUUUUAAGCGCAUUACGUGUUCUUCGCAAAUACCAGAUUCUAUUUUAAUUUUCUUAUACUUUUUUUUAAACUAGUAAACAAAACAAAACAAAAACAUUGCAAUUAACAUAAAGAGAAAACACAUCAACCAAACAAACAAAAAAAGAAAACAAAGUACAUAAAUCUAGAAAAACGCAUGUUAUUUUCAUUUCUUUUUAUUUGUUUUGAAAGCAGCCUACUUACUAUUGUAUAAAAUUAAGGAUCUGGUGAUGAUAUGCAUUACUCAAGAAACAAAAACAAACUCCAAAGAAAUGAAUGAAAUAAAAACAAACAAACAUACAUACACACAUGAACACAGACAGACAGAAAAAAAGGAAUCAAAACUUAGGCAGACAACUAAAAUCGAAAUUUAAAAAAAAAUCAUUCACGAGACGAAGAAGAAGGAGAUAAAAAGCAGUUAAGAAAACUAUAGGGUUCAAUGCAAAACAAAAGUUGAGAUAAAAGUAAUAACAAUGCCAAUCAAUACCCACUAGGAAAUCUAGUUCUGGAUGUAAAUUUUAGUUUCAUCAAAUUUUAGAAGAAGAAAGAUUGAAGAUAUUAACAUUCAAAUACAUACAGUCACAAUACAAAAAAAACACGUACUUGGCUGGCCUCUGUACGCUCGAUUCGAUAGAAAAUACUUUGAGUCAUUGUCUCUAAAGUGAAUUUAAAAUGCUGUAAACGAUGCACUUUUUUAGUCUCUUUCUGUUUUUUUGUUAAGCAUUUUUUUAACUAAUUAUUUUUUUCUUUUCUCACUUUCUUAUCUCUCUCAAUCUCAUUUAAAAUAUCUAAAAUAAGAGACAUAGUUCAAACAAUAAUCAGGAAAUGAAUCAUGUCCUAAAUAAUAAAAAGAAAUGAUGAUUUCAUGAUUUAAACAAUUUUAAGUUAAAACACACACAACUAGGAAUGGAAAGUAAUAAUAAUGAAUAAAACUAAAAAAUAAAAAACAAAUAAAGACUUGUAAAAAAAAUCUAUAGAAAACAUGUUGUGUCUCGUAUAAACCACGUGAAUUAAUAAAAAAAAACAGCCGAACGCGAUAGAUCGUUGCAUGAUUCAGGUGAAAAUGUAUCCGAAAGACAGCUACAAAAAAAAAAAAAAUAAUUAAAAAACAAAAUUCAUAAAUUUGUUCUAUUGAACUGAAUGAAGUUUCCGUAGGCGAUAAAAGAAAUUUAAGAUCUACUUUAUAUUAUUCAAUUAAUAGCAAUGAAUCGCAAAUCGAUCUGAAAAAAGAAAUUAGAACAAGCGAACAUUUUUUUACAAGAGACAUCAAUUGGAGAGACUAAUAACUAGCAACUAUGUAAUAAAACUAAACUUAAAUCAUUAUUUGGUUUUUGUGUUGAUGAAAAUUAAUAACAAAACAUAAAUGUAGUAGAAAAAGAUGAAGAAGAAUAUAAUCAAAGGCUUUAAAAAUA